AUGAAUGGUAAAAACGGAAUUUUACGUUUUCUUCUUCUGAUGAUUUUAAUUUAUUUACAUAUAGAUGUUAUUACUUGUGAUAAUGUGAAGAAAAGUGUCGAAAACGACAACAGAGAAGACAAUGGCGAUAAUGACGAUAGCAACGUAGAUUCACUGGACAUACCCUCCGAUAAUGAAACAAAUAAUAUUACGUGUACGAGAAGACAAAAUAGUCAAAUGCACGAAAUAACUGCUGCCAAACACAAACAGUUUCCAUUUAUGGCAGCAAUUAUGUCAAAACAGAAUGAAUAUUUGUGUUCCGGUUCAGUAGUUUCGAAUGGAUUAAUUUUGACUACUGCAACAUGCACGCUACUACCUACAGGCUAUGUAUUGCUUAAUACAACUAAAGGUAAAAAUGAUGAAACUUCUGUCGUACUCCAAGUACGGAAAAGUGAGAAAUAUCCAACGUACACAGGAAGUGAAAAUGACAAGAAUGUCGGCCUUCUUUAUACAGAUAAACAUAAUAAUUCUAUUGCUUCAAAAAUAAAAUUAACUAAUAUGAGCAGUGUGAGCAGUAUUGUCGAUUUUGAAGGUAUCGGAUUUGGUUUAAAUGCUGACGUUGGUCAAGUUAAAGAAUUGCAAUAUGUUGGCAUGGAACACCGGUCACAUUACGAACCCGCUGAGGCAAUGCAUGCGUAUUUUGACUGUGUUGAAACCAAAGUUUCUACUUGUUAUAGGGACACAGGUGGUCCAGUGAUUGUUAAUAAUGAACUCGUUGGUAUUGUAACAAAAGGUCAGGAUGAUUGUACUAAGGAAAUAUCUUCCACUUAUGCUAUUAACAAAAAAAUGGCAGAUAUUUUACCAACUUUUGCUUUCAAAGCUUGGCUAGAUGAGAAAAUUCGAAAAAACGAAGAACAAGAACAAGUUUCUCUUGCAACAUAUCCUAUUAAGCCGGACUUGCGUGAAAAUAUAUAUAAAUUGACUAAAAGUAGUGAACCUCUGUGUCAUCCUCCUUCAUUAUCUGUUGUUAUUAUUAUGUUUGUUAAUCUAUUACUAUUACUUUAA